UUUUCAUUAAUGAUUUAUUAAAUGUUAUUGAAGUUCAUUAGAGUUAAGUAAUUGAUGGCUACGAAACACUUUUUUCUAUUAAAUAUUAUUGGUUCUAAGUCCAAUACGCAUUACAGUCUUCAAAAAUAUUUCGAGACCGUCACACGGGCUUCUUAGUCAAAAUUCAGGAAUCGAAAAGAAAGUUAUAAUAUGAGUACUAAUAUCACUGUGAAUACAAAGGGCCAGAUAAAUGACAAAAGGAAAGAUAACAAUGGAAUACAUAAAGUGAUUUAUUCUUUAAAACCACUGUUUAUCUUCGAACACAUUUUUGGAGUGUUUAGAUUUUGCAUUAAAAAUAACGAUAUGAUCGCUACCGACUGGAGAGUUAAAGGAUUUGGAUUAUUUUUAGCGAUGAUUUCCGCUGGCACGUUUGGAUCAUUUCUUCUCAACUAUACGCCUAUAACAGAAAUCAAAACAAUUGCUUCAUUAAUUGGAAUUUUAGAAUUUUCCAGCUCGAUACUAUGUUACAUAUUGUAUAUUGCAGUUGUAAUAAUUCAUUUGUUAUGGAGGAACGCUGAAAACAUUCGUAUCGUCUCAAAUUUUGCGGAAAUCGACUCAAGAUUGAACCUCACUUUGAUGGAAAACUUUUACAAAACUACAAGGAGAUAUAAUUACACCAUUAUUUUUGCAACACUCGUCUUAAAUUCGGUAUACUUCGUGUUGUACUCCUUGAGUAGAAAUAUCACUAAUUAUAUUUAUUUUUAUAUUGUCGGCAGUAUAUACACGUUGCAUGACGUUGAAAUAUUGUUUGUAUGUGUCUUGGUUCACAUGCUUAAAGUUCGACUGGUUAUAAUCAAUAACAGUCUCGAUAGACUUGUCAAAGAAAAUGAAAAAAAGCACAAAGCAUUCGCUACGACAAUUCGCCAGGAUAAAAUGGAGACAAAACUGCAUGAACUCUCGCAGGUGUACGACGUUAUCGGAGAGACGAGCCGCUUGAUAAAUAACCUCUACAACUUUCAAAUCUUCAUGUCAUUAAUAUCUACGUUCAUUAACGUACUGCUUUCUAUAUGGGUGUUAUUGUAUUCGUUUCAAAAAGAGAUGAUUAUUGUCGACUUAAUAUUGUCCAUUGGUUGGAGUGGUAUCAAGUUGUUUUACUUGCUGGUAUUGUCGCUUGUUUGCGAUGGCUUGCUGUCGGUGCGUGGGCAAACAAAGGUGUUGGUAAAUGAGCUGGUGAUGGACUACGACCUGCAGCCGAACGCGCGCGCGCAGGCUAAGGCGUUCACUCAGCUGAUCGAGGCGCGCCCACUGACCAUUCACGUUUACGAUAUGUUCACUGUAGAUAUCACUUUGAUGUUGAAGUUCAUAAGUGUUUCCACUACAUACUUAAUUAUCAUUAUACAAAUUACAAAUUUUGUUUGA